AUGAUGGUUUUACCAGGAACACUUAGUGCUUUUCAAAGGUUGAGAGGGAAAGGUAUCGCAGAUGAACAAUUAUCUUUACCAGUCAAUAAUAGUUUACCGCACCAAGGUGUAAGAGUUGAAUUAUUUGAAGAUGAUAAUGGAUAUGAAAUCGGGAGUUCACAUAAGCAGCAACAUUCAAAUGUUUAUGCUGUUGAAGAAAAAAGUGAUCCUAUAGUUGCAGAAACUAAUGACCAGAUUCUCAUGCAAGAUCGUCACAUUGACCAACCCAUGUUGGAGAAGAAAAGGCGAACGAGAGGACCAACUAUGUGCAAAGACGUUCAUGCAUGGACAUUAGAUGAACGUAGACCCAUAUUUUUCAAUGUCAAAGGUCAGCCAAUUGGUCCUGAUCAAGAAACUUUGACAAAGUUUAGUAUGUUUUUAGGGACUAUAUCUCGAGAUUCUACUCUUGCACCACUGAAUAAGGUUGACUGGCGCCAUGUUACCGGCAAGGAUAAGAUUUUUGAUUAUAGACUACAUACAAUAAUUCCUUUAUUGCAGAAGAAAUUCAUCAUCCCAGAGGAGGCCAUGGAAUAUGUGUUAUCUUCGGUUGGAGAUCUUUGGCGUAGUCAUAAAUGUAGAAUAAAGAAGAAACACUACACCGGGUAUGAGAAUGACAAAGAAAGAUGGAUGAAUAGGCCAAAGUCGAUUUCAGGUUCACAUUUUAAAGAAUUGUUAGAAUAUUGGAAACUUGAUGAGGUUAAGGAAAAUGCCGAAAAGAAAGUACCAGAUCAAGCACUCAUGUACAAGGAAACUCGCAAAAGGAAAGAAGGGAAGACUUAUAUGUCAUCUUAUGAGGAAACGGUUCCAGACUCAUUGAAGAGUGAACUUUUGGGAAGAUAUACCAAGAAAAGAAAACAAUCUCUUAAUUGUGGUAGUGGUGGAGUCCUGAUUUCGGAUGAAAUUAUGCAGCCGUAUAGAGCUGGGAUUUUAAAAGAGACAGUAGCAGAAGUUAUGAAACUGUUGAAAGAUCAAAUUCCUUCUAAGAUACUUUCAACUAUAGCCUCAUCACUCAAAACACAAUCUUUUGAAGGCAUCAAAGAGACUGGACAUUGUCAGGAUGACAUCUUUGACGAUGAUGGAGCAAAUGAUUAUGAUAAAACCAUUCAUGAAAAUGCUGAGAGAAUAGAGAAUGAAGAAGGUGAAGAAGGAGGAGAAGAAGAAAUAGACUGA